GACAGCACCGCCCCUGCAGAGGCAGGGACAUGAAAGAGGAGCUGGACUAAUCCCCUGUCCUCGGUGCUGACCCCCAGAAACAGGGGGAGAAACAGCUCCCUGCUCCAGAGAUGCAGAGAACAUGGCGGCCCUUUGGGGUCUGGUGGCUGCUGUUCCUGCUGGCAGCGAUCCCACUCACACCGGUGCAGACGACCCACCCGGAGUGCUCCAUCAUUCUACAUUUACAGGAACGAGAGGCUGAGUGUCUGGAAACAAUCAGGAGUGAAAACCAAAGCAAUGAGUCUCCAGAGCCUUCCAGCUGGAAAGGCUGCCUGAGGGAGUGGGAUGGCGUCAGCUGCUGGCCGGCGGUGUCAGUUGGCCAGUCCCAAGCAGUGACCUGUCAAGAGAUCCUUCAAGUAUUCAAGAAAUCUCAAGUGUUGAUACAUAAGAACUGCACAGAGUCUGGCUGGAGCAGCCCCAGCCCUCCGUACUACGCCUGUGAGCUGGAUGGCAGCAAUAAGGAUACAGAAGCCAAGGGGGCCUACUUUGCCACUGUGAAGGCACUUUAUACCUGCGGCUACUCAGCCUCCCUGGCUGCUCUUCUCCUGGCCAUUGGCAUCUUCUCCUGCUUCAGGAAGCUUCACUGCACCAGGAAUUCCAUCCACAUCCACUUCUUCACCUCCUUCAUAAUGCGGGGAGCUGCCGUGUUCAUCAAAGACUCCGUGCUCUUCGCAGAUGAGUCCAUCAAUCACUGCACCAUGUCAACAGUGAACUGCAAAGCGGCCAUUGCCUUCUUCCAGUACUCAGUGCUGGCCAACUUCUACUGGCUCCUUGUGGAGGGGAUGUACCUGCAAACACUGCUGCUGUUUACCUUCACCUCUGACAAGAGGUAUUUCUGGUGGUACACCCUCAUCGGCUGGGGCGUACCUCUGCUCAUUGUGAGCUUGUGGAUCUUCGCCCGGCUACAAUACGACAACCAUGGGUGUUGGGAUGACUAUGCCAGUCUGUACUGGUGGGUGAUCAAGGCCCCCAUUCUCUUUGCCAUCUUCAUGAACUUCCUCAUAUUCCUGAAUGUGAUCCGAAUGUUAGUGCAGAAGAUUCUAUCCCCUGACGUCGGCAAAAACUACAAGCAGCAGUAUAUGAGACUGGCAAAAUCCACACUGCUUCUCAUCCCCCUCUUUGGGGUUCACUACGUGGUGUUCGCCCUCUUCCCGGAGCAUAUUGGCGUUGAAGCAAGACUCUAUUUUGAACUGGUUCUUGGUUCCUAUCAGGGGUUCCUGGUGGCUCUGCUGUACUGCUUCCUGAAUGGGGAGGUGCAGGCUGAGAUCCGGAGGAAUUGGGGCAAAUGGCAGUCAUCCAUGGAGAGCAACGUCUUCAACCUCGUGACCCAAGACUUUACAGCCUAAAAAGGGAAAAGGCUGGUGAUAAACAGCUUUCCAAAGCCUGACUGCUAUUCCGUGCCCUGCAGCAGCAGCCCCAGCGGGGAGUAGGGCAGCGCCUUGCAUUCCACUUUGCCACCUAGUUUGUUUCUGCUUCCUUGGCCAAACAUACAGAGGUGGGGACUGAGGGAAAAGACCUUGUAGAUCGACUCUAGCCCCUCCCCAGAGAUUAUUGCAGGGUCAUACUCUGCAUUCUAUUCUCCAGGGUUUGUCCAGCUUUGUGUUCAAUGUCCCAAGAAACAGACCUUCCUCCCCUUCCCUCGGAGAAAUGACCCCACAGGCAAAGAUUUUGCACUUGGGAAAAGUUUCCAGAGAUUCAGGCUGUAUUCUCCAUUCAUUGCCUUCCUCCUAGUUAUAAGUCAUGAACUGCUCUAACUCAAUCCUCUCCCUCUCUGCCAUGGGCCCCCACCCUGCUCUCAGCUGUUGUGACUCACGUCCCCCACACACAUCCAAUCCACCAGUCUCCUUAGCAGGUGGGUUGCCCUUCUUGUAAAUACUUAGGGGUUUUCUGCAUCUUUCUGGUCCUGAGCUGCACGGGAUGCAGCAUCACCUGGCACAGCCUGCCCAGGGCCAGAUGUCGGCAUCGCCUGGCACGGGCUGCCCAGGGCCAGAUGUCAGCAUCGCCUGGCACGGCCUGCCCAGGGCCAGAUGUCGGCAUCGCCUGGCAUGGCCUGCCCAGGCCAUAAAGAGAAGGCAAUUGUAUUCCUGCACCAUGAUGUGCUACCUGCCCUGAAGGCCUCUCUUUUGCUGCCAUCGUGCGUUUGAUCUUUACAUUCGCUCCCAGGGCAUUUCAGCCUGGUUACCUGGCAGAUUUUUCUCCUCCCCCCAAGAUGCUUUUUCUCGGGUGGCUUUGCACGUUUCCAAGCUGAAUCUUAUUUUCUGUGAUUCCUGUUCCUCUCCUUGGUGCUCACAGCUCCUCCUGGCUUAGUGCCAACUGCAGAGUUUGUCAGCAUGUGGCUUUUUCCCUCUGCCCAGCCCAGUAAUGAAGAUGUUGGAUGAGGCCAGUCCUUGCACAACACACAUUCCCAGCUCUGUGCCUUGCUGCUUACCCCGGCCAACACUUCAUUUGAUACUUCCCCCUUUGGCUUUGGUUCUUUUAGCCCUGUCCUUGCCCACAGGACAGGAUACUCACACCCAGCAGGUGGAAUCAGAGUGGACAGGGUUCGCUCCUGUGCGAGAAGCCAGCAUUAAGGUGAGGUCCUGCUUCAGUCCCACUCUUUUAGGCUUUUAAUGAUGUCUUGGCUUCAUACAGGUCCUGUGCACGGGGUGAAUUUCACAUUGUAGCAGGAUUUGGUGAGACACUGAUCUGGUCUCUCCCCAGAGCUGAGCACCACAGGCUGGGUGCACACUGGGUGCUGAAUGCCUCAGAAAAUCUGACCCUGUGUCAAGCCAUCAUCAUCACCAGUCUUCCUACACCAUUGGGGUGUAGGUAGCCUUUAUUUUUAUUUAAAGGUAACUUUAGUGCUGUUCUAUUACACCAUCAAGGGCUUGGCUCUGGCGGCUACAGUUCAACAGACUAACAAAUUGGAGACUAAUUUGUUAGUCUCUAAGGUGCAACAAGGACUUCUUGUUGUUUUUACAGUUCAGCAGAACUUUCUCUGCCUGUUUUAGCUCUAGAGCUUAUAGGAACACAUGAAGCCAUAAGCAAGUAACAAACAAUCACAAGAAGGUCUAUUAUCUUGUAUCCAUUUUAUUAACGUUACCAACACACUUAUGAGUAUCACAGCAUAUACAAUGCCUAGAUCUAUCCAGGCACCAGUUCUAACUGCAGCCAGACUCGCAUCCUCCUAGACAGCAUUAGGGUCAGGUGGGUCUCUCAUGGACUGAUCAUCAGUACAGGGAUGCUUCCUGCUGGAGUUUGCCCAUAGGAAGCUCAAUUUUCCUGCUCUGGGCACCCCUUUUUUAUAAUGUGAUUCUCCCUAUACUUACGUUCCGCACAUGGACAUGCAAGUGUCAUCCCUCUUUUUCCUUAUUGUUCUGAUGUUCUGUAGAAACAGACGGAACCCCAAUUUCUAUCGGUCAUGUAAAAAGAAAAGGAGUACUUGUGGCACC